GGGAAUUGGCUUCGGUACACAGCCCGGAUACUGCAGGAAGUGUAUCACACGCAUUGCCUGACAUUCGUCGACCCCAAUUAUCGCUGUUACACCUCCGUACAACAAGCACAUCAGCAAUCCAUUGAUCACUGCACACAGUAUAUCAGCACCUUGUUUAGACGGUUCAUCGAUCAAGUGAAAAUAAAACGACGACGGAAGGUACAAUCGCUAUGCUUUAUUAAUGAAAAAAUUGAAGAAAAAAUUAGAUAUCGCUGGUUCGGGUGCGUUAAUACAGCAGCAAGUCAUCGAGAUGGCGGGUGGAUUAAAUGCUGGCGCAACCGACACAUCAGACUCGGCAAAUAGGAUCUGCCGGGACUUUCUGAGGAAUGUAUGCCAUCGCGGGAAGCGUUGCAAGUAUCUACACGAACGUUCUGAGGAUGAUCCCAUGGAGGAGUACACCUUCUGCCACGAUUUCCAGAACGGCAUGUGUAAUUGGCCGGGCUGUAAGUUUCUCCAUUGCACGGAGAGCGAAGAAAAGCGUUUCCGGGCGACCGGCGAGUUGCCGUCGCACGUCCUCAACAGAUCCAAGACGAAUAACAACGACAAAUCAGACUAUCCGUUAUGCAAAGACUUUAUCAAGGGUAGCUGCCAAAGGGUGAACUGCAAGUUUAGGCAUUGGAAGAAAGAGGAGCCGCAACACAAUCUAGUAUCGCCGUCACAUCACAAUGUAUCCCGGCCGCAACACAAUUUCAACGGCACCAGUGGCGGUGUCAAUGCUGACGGUCGCAGAUAUGAGGAGGACAGGAAUUUCCAUUGGCAAAUGGAGGACCAACACAGCAAUCUGAUUGCGAAUAAUGGUUACAACACGUCGCAUCCAGCCGACUACAUAGGACCGCCCGAGCCGAAAAGGCGAAUAGUAUCGGGCGAAACGGUUGUUCACUUUGAAGCUCCGCCACUUGUAGGCCAGCAGCACGCUACUCAGCCGACCGUCACGCCGAGUUACUAUUACCCCGUGAUACCACGUAACGAGGCGCGAGCGAUCGUGCUGGAGGAUGAAAACGCAUUGUUGAGGAAGAAGAUAGAGGAAUUGAAAAAGCAGGUCAGUGAUUUGACAGCAACGAACGAAUUUCUGCUAGACCAGAACGCCCAGUUGCGAAUGUCAGGCAAGCGCACUGCGAACGUGACGGCCGUUACGGUGCCGGCGGUCACGAUCACGAACACGGUGCCACCGUCGCAAGCUCCGACGCCACAGCAGAUGGUCAACGCAGCCGUGGCCGCGGGUACUCUUAGAACAGUUACCGCCAGCGUGGCCACCGUACCCGUGAGUAUUGCAACCGUAGCACCCGUCUCUAUUGCAGCGGUCUCCAUGGCGCCGGUCUCAAUACCGCCGCCGAUUGUCACCAUGGCUCAACAGACCAUCUCGAUGAGCGGCUCUCGUCCUCAGCCGACUAAUCAACAACCGCCUAACACGCAACAGCCCGCUAGCUUACCACUAUCGAUAUCGGGUGCAACUGCGCCCCUUGUUUCCUAUCCGAUUAUGACGCAAGAGCUCAGGCCCGUGCUGCAGUAAGUUGUAUCACGUGCGUAGAGAAAACAUUAUAUCUGUUCUUGAUAUCGGCGCGAUAUACGCCAUUUCCUUGCGGCUGUAUGGAUGGAUCAAAGAUAUAAUGUGCGUUUCAUCUUCCGACUAAGACAUGUUUUCUUCGCCAAUUGAAAGUACGUGUAGGAGGAUCGAGAUGGUAGUGUGUGUGUAUAUGUGUGUAUAUUAUAUAUAUAUAUAUCACAAAUAUCGUACGGUGAACGAAAACGAUAAAAUCGAUGUCGAUUUAAUCCAUCCCUACUUUAUUUAGGGCGAAUAUGUAAAACUUUACCGAUGUGUUGUUUAUAGGACAUAUUUAUUUCAUCCGGAAAAGUAUGACACAUCCUCUUUAUGAUGUCACUUGUGAAUAGCACGUUAAAAACAUACAAUACCGGUUAUGCAGUAACAAUCAUGAUGAGUAUCGUUGUUCGAUGCGGUAUAUGUCCAGUGUGUGUAUAGUUGUAGAAUAAUAUAUAGAAAUGACAAUCUAUAAGCGAAAAGUAGUUAGUCAUGACAUUAUUCCUUUCAAUUUUUGUUUCUGUUGCAUUAUAGUAUCGUGCGUAAUGUAACAUCACAUUAAUCUCAUCUUCGUACACAGUUAAAGCAAACUCUUAAGCUAUUAAGAUAGGCAGAUAGGUAUUGCGAGACGACUGGGAAAAUUGUAAAAUAAGAACGCAUAAACGAGGGAUAACUUAUUUAUAAAGUUAAUGCGUUAACAUAAGUACAAAGAAGAAUAAAAUAAAAUAUAUCAAAUAUAUCAAAUAUCUUUAAGGAAAAAAGACCUUUGUGUGCGCACCGCUUCUUCGACUAGCUUUCACGAAACUUUGUGUUGCUUACAUAUUACUUGAUAUAUUAUUAUAGUACUCCAUUAGCAUCUUCUUUACUUACUCGGAAGAAAUUUUAUUUGCAUUCUUGAUAAACCCCCAGUUAGUUUAUUCUUAUGAAAUAUUUCAGAAAGUACUUAUACAUCGCGGUCCUUUGCUGGUUUCUAGAAUUUACUUAAGCAAAUAACUUUUUGUUAAGAUACACAAUAAAGUAAAAGUGAGAUUGAAA